UUCUCAACUUCGGAUGACGGUAAGAUCGCUUGUCGUGGAAGAGUGAAAACCAGAAGCGUUGGUAAAAACAUUCAGCGAUCCUUCUACGUGUAAACCGCAUUUAAAGGGAGCCGAAAACACCGUCCACAGAUUGUUGGAGUUUGAAGUGAUAUUAGUGGCUGUGUAAAUCGCAUUCGCACCGAUGGCAGCUAUAAAGGCUCUUCAACAAUGGAGCAAAAUCAAGUGUGAAGGAUACCGGGAUGUGUCGAUCACAAACAUGACCACAUCGUUUCGGGACGGUUUGGCUUUCUGCGCUCUAAUUCACAAACACAGACCAGACUUGAUAGACUUUGACUCUUUGAGCAAGGAAAAUAUUUAUGAAAACAAUCAACUGGCUUUCCAGGUGGCAGAGAAGGAGUUGGGUAUACCUGCCUUGCUGGACGCAGAAGACAUGGUGGCUUUAAAAGUGCCUGAUCGUCUUAGUAUUCUCACCUAUGUCUCCCAAUAUUACAAUUAUUUCCAUGGACGCUCUCCUAUUGGAGGUAUGGCAGGGGUGAAAAGACCGGCUGAAGAAUCUAAUGAAGAACCAUCUGGGAAGAAGAACCAACCUGUGACAGCUAAAACUUUUACAUCGCCUAAACCAGCAACAGAGAUUAAGACACCAAAACCAGCAAGUGAAAUUAAGAGGGAAGUUCUGGUUGAGCGUGCUAAUAAAACAGGAACUCUGAGCAGCAGCUGUGGUGUGUGCAACCAACAUGUUCACCUUGUGCAGCGCCACCUAGUCGAUGGCAAGUUGUACCACAGGAACUGUUUUAGAUGCAAAGAGUGUUCCAAUAUUCUCCUCUCCGGUACUUACAAGGCUGGAAAAGUACCAGGCACUUUUAUCUGCAAGACACACACAAGCACUGAGAAGCCUCUGACCACCCAGAGAACGUACAUCACAGGACCACCACAGAAAACACAGUCUAACGUUAUCAGCAAGAGCACAAACUCCACCCUGACUGACCAGAAUGCUUUAAGUGGAGGUACUGGAAAGGCUGGUUCAGCGCCUAAUGUAUCUAAACAUGGCUGGCUGACCAGUAAAAGUGACCGAACACCCACUCGUUAUCCUGCUGCUACACCGUCCCCAGCAGUUCAGCUCACACCAGCACCAAAAACAACUCCAACACCAGCAACUAUGACCAUGAAAACCCCCAUUAACCUCAGAACGCCCACUGAGAUGCCUAAACCCAUAAGCAACAGUGUACAGAAGAACCAAGAAGUCAGAAAAAGAUUCUUUGAUUCAAGCAACAAUUCCAGCAGUGUUGUUCCUGCCAAUAAGAGCACCUCAGCAGACACAUCUACUACAUCAGUGACUCCAGGAGGUCCUAAAACUUCUACAUCAGAGCACACAACACCUGGCACCACUGCAGGAAGUGGAGCAAGCAAAGGUCGAGUCCUGCUGCGGGUGGGAGACUGGGCGAAAGUGCAAGAGAAAGAAAAAGAGAAGGAGAAUGAAAAGGAGAAAGCCAAGGCUCUGAUCUGCAAGAUGGUGACGGGGGAUAAAAAUAACAGUAACUCGUCUCAGAGUCCAGCUGGGCUGAAAGCAAAUGGCAGUAAUGUUUCCUCUGCGGAAUCGGGUGUUAAAGGUCCUCUUGGAAGGGUGCGUCUGAAACCACUGGAUGUCAGCGUGGAACCUACUGCCCCUGCUGCUGGAACACCAUCCUGGAUAAAAGACAAAAGCUCAUCCAAGCCUGCAAACUCGCUGUCUACAAACAGCAAGGAUAAUGGUACCGCACCAUCUGACUGGAGGACCAUGCUCAAGCCUGUUUCAAAAACUGUCAGUUCCAUCGAAAGCACCAGUUCUCUCACCAAGCGGCCAGAAGCAGCUUUUUCUCCACAGACGAAAGGGCUCGGGAUCACCCAGGCUUCUGUUCCUGCCCCACCUACCACCAACUGCUCAACUGAUGUCAACUACCCCAAAACACCCUCACCUAGCUUGCUGAAAAAUGGGCCUAGACCUAGUGACUCCAGCAGUAGCAGCAGUAUAUCUUCUGUGAGCCCCUCAGGGACUGAACCUCACAAAUUGCAAAAGCCGGAUUAUAUUCCUAAAGAAGAGAUUACAAAAGAACUGAAGGAAAUCGAGAUGAAUCUGAAUGAGCUGGAGAAGAGUGGAGUAGAGCUGGAAAAACAACUCAGACAGUGUGAUGAGGAAGGAGAAGAGGAUGCAUUAAUGAAUGACUUGAUGGUGGACUGGUUUAACCUCAUCAGAAACAAACAGGUCUUCAUGAGGCGUGAAUCUGAACUUGUGUACAUUGCCAGAACGCAGGAUCUAGAGGAAGAGCAGCCCAGUGUUGAGGCAGAGCUCAGGAGACUGCUUGAGAAACCAGAGCAUCUGAAGACCUUUUGGGAUCGUAAACAAGAGGAAGAGCUAAUGGCCAAACUGAUGGAGAUAGUGAACGACCGAAAUGCCAUAGUAGAGGGGCUGGAUGAAGACAGACUAAGGGAGGAAGAGGAGGAUGUGCAGCUGAAUAAGAUGAUGCAGAGUCUUGAUAUGAAGAAAGACAAAAUCAAAAGAAAAUCAUCCAUAUCCCAGUGGUUUAGCAGGAAGAGCAAACAGACGCCUGUGGAGGACUGAUCCUCACGGAGGGUGUGUCGGUGUAUAUGUGCGCUUGUGUGUAUUUGUCUCAAACACUGUUUUCUGCUAAUUAUCAUAAACACUGCAGUUUGAGGCCGGAUCACAAAAUCCAAAUUGCAGUCACACAGUCCUUAACAGAUGGGAUUAUGGAGACUCAUGGUGUUAUAUAUUUUCACACUCCUUUCUCAUGUACUUUUCUCACAUUUAUCGUCUGUCUCUGCAUCCUUCUUUGUGGAUGUGAUUUGUGCACUUGUUAGCAAAAGUGGUGCACUUGAAUACUUCGAAUUAUGCCGAUUCUAUCUAUCAUUAUGUGUUUAAUCAGGGAACUGGAUGCAAUGUUGAGAGAAGAAAAUGUAAGUCAUCUUGAUUCAUAUUGGAUCAAAACUGAAAAUGGACGGGUUAAGGUCCAACUUUUUACACUUGACACUUGAUUUAUUUUUAUAAAUACAUUUUAAUUGAGAAUGUAAAAUUAUUUCCUUUGGUGUUCUUCUUGCUGGAUUCUUACUCGAUUGCUAUUUUAAUUAUCUAUUAGCCAGACACACUUAUACUAACUCAACAGCAGGGGGCAGACAGUGACUGCUUUUAGCAAUUUCGCAUUCAGUAUCUUGUAUUUGAGCAGUCCGAUUCAACUUUUUAAAGAAUUAGUCAUUAGAUUCUUUCAUUAUAAUAUGAAUCCAUCAUGAUAUAUCUGCCACUAGGAUGUUUUUUUUUAACCACUGUCCAGAUAACUUUUUUCUUGCAUUGAAUAUGAGCUAAAGUUAAAAUUGUCAGCUUAUGAUCUCCUGAAAUUAGAGCACUUUCUUUUGUUUUUCAUAUGUUGUAGCUCUAUCUUUUCCCUGUAUUUGAUCAAAUAUGUGAUUUAAAAUUCUGUAAAGUGCUGUUUGUACUAAAAGAGUUCCUUAACUGCUUAAGUUUUUAAUUUAAGCCAAAAAGUAUUUUGUUUUCCCAACAUGUAAAUUAAAUGCAUUACUUCAUACAUUGUACAAAAUAAA